AUGAAGCUCAACACUCUUUUGGUGGCCGCCGCGGCUGGUACCGCGAUGGCUGCUCCCCAGCUCAAAAAGCGCUCUUCUGGCUUUACUUUCUUUGGUGUCAGCGAGUCCGGUGCUGAGUUCGGCGAGAGCAACAUCCCCGGUGUCUGGAACACCGACUACAUCUUCCCCGACACCUCAGCCAUUUCGACCCUCAUCUCCAAGGGCUUCAACUCCUUCCGCAUCCCUUUCCUUAUGGAACGCUUGACUCCCGAGAUCACGGGCUCCUUCGACGAGGGAUACCUACAGAACUUGACCUCUGUUGUCGAUGCCAUCACCAGCGCAGGCGCAUGGGCCAUCCUCGACCCCCACAACUACGGCCGAUUCAACGGCGAGAUCAUCAGCACCCCCUCAGACUUCAAAACCUGGUGGCAGAACGUAGCGACCCAAUUCGCAGACAACAAGAACGUCAUCUUCGACACCAACAACGAAUACCACGACAUGGACCAAACCCUCGUGCUGAACCUCAACCAAGCCGCCAUCAACGGCAUCCGCGCCGCAGGCGCCACAACCCAAUACAUCUUCGUCGAGGGCAACUCAUACACAGGCGCCUGGACCUGGACGGAGAACAACGACAACCUCAAAUCCCUCACAGACCCGCAGGACAAGAUCGUCUACGAGAUGCACCAGUACCUUGACUCCGACGGCUCAGGCACCUCCGAGACCUGUGUUUCGAGCACGAUCGGGGCGGAGAGGGUGAGUUCGGCGACGCAGUGGCUGAAGGAGAACGGCAAGCUGGGCGUGCUGGGCGAGUUUGCGGGCGGGGAUAAUGAGCAGUGCCGCACGGCGAUUACGGGGAUGUUGGACGAUUUGAAGGAGAAUGCGGAUGUUUGGCUGGGCGCGCUGUGGUGGUCUGCUGGGCCUUGGUGGGGGGAUUAUAUGUAUAGCAUGGAGCCGACGGGUGGGGUUGCGUAUCAGGGGAUGCUGAGUACGUUGGAGGCGUACAUGCCUUAG